AUGCGGCGGGGCGCGCUCCUGGCCAGCGCCCUGGCCGCCUACGCCGGGUACCUGGCGCUGGGCGCGCUGCUGGUGGCGCUGCUGGAGCGGCCGCACGAAGCCAGACUGCGCGCCGAGCUGGGGACACUGCGGGAGCAGCUGCUGCGCCACAGCCCGUGCGUCGCGGCGCACGACCUGGACGCCUUCGUGGAGAGGGUGCUGGCGGCCGGACGGCUGGGGCGCGCAGCGCUGGCCAACGCCUCGGGACCCGCCAACGCCUCCGACCCAGCCUGGGACUUCGCCUCGGCGCUUUUCUUCGCCAGCACGCUGGUCACCACGGUGGGCUAUGGCUACACGACCCCACUGACAGAUGCAGGCAAAGCCUUCUCCAUCGUCUUUGCGCUCCUGGGUGUGCCCGUCACCAUGCUGCUCCUGACCGCCUCGGCCCAGCGCCUGUCGCUGCUGCUCACCCAUGCACCCCUGUCCUGGCUGAGCCUGCGCUGGGGCUGGCGCCCGCAGCAGGCAGCACGCUGGCACCUGGUGGGCCUGCUGGUGCUCAUCGUGGCCGUAUUCUUCCUGGUCCCAGCUGCGGUCUUCGCCCAUCUUGAGGAGGCCUGGAGCUUCCUGGAUGCUUUCUACUUCUGUUUCAUCUCUCUGUCCACCAUUGGCCUGGGGGACUACGUGCCUGGAGAAGCCCCUGGCCAGCCUUACCGGGCCCUCUACAAGGUGCUCGUCACAGCAUACCUCUUCCUGGGCCUGAUUGCCAUGGUGCUGGUGUUGCAGACUUUCCACCAUGUGUCCGACCUCCAUGGCCUCACUGACCUCAUCCUGCUGCCCCAUCCGGACCCGGCCAACCUCAGUCAGGAUGAGGACGAUCAGGUGGACAUUCUGGGCGCCAGCACAGAUCUGCACCAGCACCUCUCUGCUGCCUCCCAUGCUAACUACGCCUCCAUCCCCAGGUCCCAGGCCAGGUGAGGCC